AUGGACGUCUUGGGCGGAAAUCACAGGCACGAGGCUCCCUGGAAGAGGAUGUCUAAAGAGGAGCUGGAUAACCAGUACUCCCCCAGCAGAUGGGUCGUCCGACUGGGAGCAGAGGAGGCCAUGAGGACCUAUUCACAGAUAGGAAGCGAAGUCACCAAGAGGGCCCAGGCCACCGGGAGGAGCCUGCUUGAUGUCCCCUAUGGAGAGGGCGAAGGAGAGAAAUUGGACAUCUACCUUCCCGAGGCCGUAUCUGAAGCCAUGCCUUUCCUGGUGUUUUUUCAUGGAGGAUACUGGCAGAGCGGAAGUAAAGACACGUCAGCCUUCAUGGUCAGCCCACUGACAGCACAGGGAGUGGCCGUGGUGAUAGUGGCUUAUGACAUUGCUCCCAAAGGCACCCUGGACCAGAUGGUCGACCAGGUGACCCAGAGCAUCGUGUUUGUCCAGAAGCGGUAUCCAGGCAACCAGGGAAUUUACCUGUGUGGACACUCUGCUGGGGCCCAGCUCGCUGCCAUGAUGCUCCUGGCCAACUGGAUCAAGCAUGGAGUCACGCCCAACCUCAAAGGCUUCUUCCUGCUGAGCGGGGUUUACGACCUGGAGCCCAUCAUGCACACCUCUGAGAAUGCUCCCCUCCUCCCGACCCUGGAGGAUGCUCAGAGGAACAGCCCGCUGUGGCAACUGGAGACGGCCCCCACCCAGCCCGCGGAUCCAGCCUGCCGCAUCCUGGUGACUGUCGGCCAGCACGACAGCCCAGAAUUCUGCCGACAGUCCAGGGAGUUUCAUCAGACAUUGUGCCGAGGAGGGUGGAAAGCCUCCUUUGCAGAGCUCCAUGAUGUGGACCACUUUGAAAUCCUCUGGAAUCUAACCCAGGAGGACUAUGUGCUCACUCAGAUUAUUUUGAAAACAAUCUUCCAGCAGUCCUGA